GCGGCCCCCGAGGGUCGUGCAGCCCCCCGGCCCGCGGAGCUGUCAGCUCCCCUGCCAGCCAUAUUGCUCUGCGCCCGCAGGAACACGCAGCCGGAGAAUGUAAACACGAGCUAAAAUGUCUGCCAGGAAAUAGUUUGUCUCCGCGAGCAUCGCGCUGGAAGUUCGGCUCCCCCAGCCCGGGGGGGCCACGUCUGUCCCCCCCUCCCCACCUCCUCCUUCCCCCCAAACGCCACUUGACCUUGGCCGAGGGCACAUCCCCCUUGGCCGAAGGGAGGAAGUUAUUCCCCUCCGGGUGUUUUGUGUUGUGUUUCUUGGGGUUUUUGAAUUUUUUUUUUCCCCCCUAGUGAGGGAACUGAAAGGGCCGUGCUCGGGGGAAGGGGUGGAUGUGGGUUAAGCCGAAUUUUCCUCCUUUUCUCACGCUGCCAGGGAAUCUCCAGCCGGCCAGGCAUUGCCGGCAGCGAGAGCUCUCUGAGCCUCAGAGAAAGUCAUUUUGCCAGCUGGCUCCCACCGAAACCCCCUUUUAUUUUAAUUCCUCCUCCCCCCUGCACGUUUUAUUUGCCACCUCUGGGCGUUUGCAAAGGGGUCAUUUUAUGGAAAACCUCCGUUCUGGGUGGGAAGGGGGACGGGAGAGCUGCCGGCAGAUCUGAGGCCUCGCUGUGUUUUCACACCAAAAGCCUGGUGGGGCGAUUCCUGGGCGGCUGCCGGAAGCAGAAUGCAAAGCAGCGCUGAUGAAACCCAUCCCAGCCCUAUCCCUGAGCUCCCCAGGGCCGAGUGAGACCCACCACCCACCCCAAACAUGACACCCCCACCCUGCCCAGCACGGAGGGUCCAGAACUGGUCAACUCUCCCCCUCCCCAGCUGUGUGUUUUCCUAACACCGUGUGCCCCACGUGGUGUAAAAAUACCUUUGACCUUCUCCCCAAAUACUCCCACUUUUAGGAUUUUUUUUUUUUACUGUUUGCCCCCUUCCCAGCACCCUGUUUCCUGCAGUCUGAAAUGCCCCACACGGCUCAGGGCAGGGGUGAGAUGAGGAGCUUUGUGCUUGCGGUUUCUAUUUCUUUUUCAAGCGUCAGGGAACAAAGGUCUGAGAGCGGCAGCCACAGUUCAGAGUGGGGCAGCUCGUCACUGUCACCUCUGUGGAGGGGGGAACUUCCCAAACCCCUCCAGAUUCCGGGCUGUGGGACCGGGAUUCCCCAGAACUGUUUGGGGUGUCGGUGUGGCUGCUUGUGGUGGGAUCGACCCUCAGAGCUCCUCCACAAGUGUUGGAGAAAGAAGGCAAUAAUUACAUGACAAUUCUUUUUUUUUUUAAAUUAAUGUUUUAAAUUAAUCUGGCAAACACCACCCCAGAAGCUCAGAGCUGUGUCCCCUCUCCAGCAUCACAUCCAACCUCAGUCCAGGGCUGGCAGUUGGUGUGUGUGUAUGGCUCUGGUGGUGGUUGGAUUUUUUCAAAACAGAGUAAAUGACAUUUUUUUGGUCUUUUUUUGGUCCUUUUUUUUUUUUUUGCAACAAGUAUCUUUUCAGAUGCUGCCAAAUGUAUAGGUUAUUUAAAAAAAAAAACUGGAUCAGCACCACUUCAAGCUGAGCUCUGAAAUGAGUUCUGUGGAGGAACAUCCCUGGCUCACCACAAACCCCUUCAGUGCCAGCCUGGCCACGAUUGCAUUUUUGGGGUGCCCCAGCUCUGCAGGUUGAUGGGAGCUCAUCCAUCCCACAGCCAGCACAGAGCACCCCAACUUCAAAUAGACCAGCAACCAGGGUUUGGCCAUCGCUCCUCUGAUCCCUGCAUCACUAAGGGUGGCUGGGAUGGGGAUGAGGACGAACCUAUAACAGGGAUUUAGAUGUUGGCCUGUGCUGGGGAGCCUCAGGGGGCUGCUGAGCACCAGCCAGGGGCAAAUCCCAGGAAAGGAGAGAUGCAGGAGCUAUUCACCAUCAGAAACUCCCCUCAAUCCCCCAUUGCUAAAGGCAGCAGAUGCUGCCCAAGCCCCUUAAUCUGCUCAAAGUCCCCACAAGCAUCUGACAGGAGCUGUGGCUCCCUGAGGGCCACAGGGAUUUGGAAUGGGUUUAACCCAGAGGGGUGAAGCCCCCACUGUGCACCCACAACCCCCAUGUUCAGGCAUCCUCUGGCAGUGCAUCCCCCUGCCCACGUGUGCCCUCCCUGCCCAUACCCCUUCCCUGUGUGUGCAGCCUCAUGGGAGUUUGCACACACCCCCCCAUUUCCCUUUUAUCACCCGCAGUACUCAGUUUAACAAGUGCUUUGCUGAACUGGGGGUUCCCUGUGCCAGCCCCUGAGCCCCAGUGCUAGGCUGGGUCCCACCUGAUGGAUUCUCCUCAGCUGGGGAGAUUGGCUGGAAAAAGGCCCAAAUCCAUCACUGUCCAGGUGCUAAAUUUAGCUGGAUACGCAGAAGGCAGGGGCUGUACCAGGAACUGGGGGGCCUCGAGGGGCACUGCCUGCCUUUUGCUCUCCCUGCCAUAGCAGGGUGCAAAGGGGAAGAGGGGUAAAGGAACUGGGUGAAAGAGGGUCCUGCAGGGCCGGGGGGACCCCAACACCCUCCCCACCCAUCACACUGCAUCCUUUUGCAUCAGCCCUGUCCCUGCUGCUCCCCAAACCUGCCUCAUCCCUGGGCUUUGAGCAUCCUGGAUGGUCCAAAGUGUCCUUCCUAGAUUCACUGGAGACACUCCCCAGGCAGCUUUGUGGGAGCCACACAGACCCUCAAGGGCCAGAUAUCCCAGUCCCGGGCUCUGAGCAUCCCUGGGAUCUGGGGGGUGCCAGGCGUGGGAUACAGGCAGGAUCCCUGGUGGUGGUGAAACACGAUGGGUGAAAGGCAAUGGCUCUGGCUACUGGGGGUGGGCUGGGACCCCCCCCAAAAGCCUCUCUGACUGACCUGACACCCCCCUUUCUCCCGUGCCCCGCAGAUGUGCACCCCCAGCAACACGCCGGCCACGCCGCCCAACUUCCCGGACGCGUUGGCCAUGUUCUCCAAGCUGCGGACCUCGGAGAGCCUCCAGAGCAGCAACAGCCCCAUCACCUCCAUGGCCUGCUCCCCCCCGGGCAGCUUCAGCCCCUUCUGGGCCUCCUCGCCCCCCAGCCACCAGCCCGCCUGGCUGCCCCCAUCCUCGCCCACCACCCACGGCCUCGCCCACCACCUGCACCACCCGCAGCCCUCCUGGCCCCCCGCUCCCCCGCCUGCAGCCCCCCCACAGAAAGCCGUGGCCACCAUGGACGGCCAGAGAUAAGACUGGGGUUGGAGGAGGGUUGGGGGGAGGGUCUGAGGAAAUGGGGGGGGUCUGGGCCGGGGCGUUGGGAGCAGGGGCUCGCCAAGAAACGCACUGGAAUAAUUUUCUAGGUUUUAUUAUUAUUUUUAAGGGGGGGGGUUGGAGCACAUGCUGCUGGGGAGGGCACCAGCCUCUGAGUGCCUCUGCAAGAGUCGCUGGCUGGUCUUUUCUCCUCCCCUCCCCCCCUGUUUUUUUUAAAAUAUAUAACUAUAAUAUAUAAAUAUAUCUAAUGUAUAUAAAUCCAGAGAGAAGGAGUAGCAGUGUGGAGGCAGCUGCUGGGUGUCUGGGGGGGGGCGUUUCCCUAUGGCUCUACCCCCACCUGGCAUCCCUACAUCAGGGCAGGAGAGGGAAGGGGGGGGACAGGAAUAACAAAAAUGAAUGGAUGGAGGUGGCUGUCAGCACCCCACAUCAUGGCCAUGGGGGCACUGGACACCCCUCUCCCCCCAGCUCUGGGUUUCCUGGACGCUUGUCACAGUGCCCAGAGCAAACCAGCCUCUCCUCUGGCUUCUGAAAUUCAGCCCAGCUUCUUGCACAGACCCCCCCUGGACUUCCCCCCAACCCCGUCCUUCCUCCCUCCCUCAGCACCCCCAGGGCCUGGGGAAUCAUCAAGGUGAUGCUCCCUCUGUCCCUGCAACUGCCAUACAUGGCCCUUCCCCAGGGAGAGUUGGGGGGUUGGGAGGGGGUUUUUUAGUCUUCAAACCAAUCUUGCUUAAAAAAAAAAAAA